UCCUCUCUCUUGCGAUUCAAUUUUUCCUUUUGGUUAUUUUUCUUUCUCACACACAACACCGAAACCGCCUUUUUCAAAGGCUAUAGCGUCUCUCUCUCUCUCUUCUCUUCUUCUUUUCCCUCUUCGAUUCUUAGGGUUUCGUAAAUACUCAUUCAGAAUGUUCCAGAAAACUCUAAUUUCAUUAUGAUUUUCUUCACAACACUCGCUUGAUUUUUUUCAUUCACUUUUUAUUCUUUUUCUUCAGAUUGAAGCUGCUUAUACUUACAGUUUACAAGCCUGAGUUUUGAAUUUUCAACCAUUCGGAGACAUGUUUAACGAAGGAGCUCCUGAGUUUGUUGUUGAUCAAAGCAUGUAUUACCCUGCUCCAACCAAUUAUGGUUUUUACUGUACAGGAUUUGAAUCACCCGGUGAAUGGGAGGACUACCCUAGGAUUUUUGGUGUAGAAGGUCCUGAUAUUCAGUACACGGGUGCGCAAGAUGAAAAUUUUCCGUAUGUAUAUUAUACACCUAGCUAUGGAUUUGCACAGUCUCCAUACAAUCCGUACAAUCCUUAUAUUCCAGGUGCUAUGAUGGGAGUUGAUGGGUCAUUUGGAGGAGCGCAACAGUAUUACGCUCUCCCCAAUUACCAAAACCCUGUUUCUGCGCCAGCUUAUUUUCCUCAUGUUCAAUCAGAACAUUUUCAUGACAGUUCUGUUGAUCCAUCAUUUGAUAGCAGUGCUUCUGUCAAUAGACCUGAUGGAAGAGGUACGAACCAUAAGUUCAAUUCAGCCUCUGCUGCUUUUACUAUGAACUCUUCAAAGCCGUUAUCAAAUCAGUCAGGUUCCUUAGUCUGGGAACCUGAGGGGCCAAGAGCUGAUGCUUUGGCAAAGAAAGAUGUUACAAAUGGAAGUGGCCCUAACAGUGGUUUUCCUAACGGAAACGGCCCUAACAGUGGUUUUCCUAAUGGAAGCGGCCCUAACAGUGGUUUUCCUAAUGUAAGCGGAACUAACAGUGGUUUUCCUAAUGGAAGCGGGCCUAACAGUGGUUUUCCUGGUUUUGCUUCAUCACCUUAUCAUCAGGCUAGAAGUGCUGAUGUCUCGUUCCAGCCUAAGGAUACUUUUUCCAAUGGAAAUGUUUUGUCACAUCGUAAUCAAUUGAAUGUAGCUGCCCCGAUGAGUAAUGGGUUUUCUGACUAUGGAUUGAAUGCUACUGGACAGUCUGCAAUUGCAAAAUUUCGGCCAAAGGUUCAUGCUGCUAAAGUGCCGGGUGAUUUAAAUAGAGGCAGUGAUGUAUUAUUGGGUGAGCUAAAUCGGGGCCCUAGAACUAGUAGGCCGAAAAAUAUGGCUAUCAAAGCCUAUACAAACAAGGCGGGAGAUGCCAAUACUCAAGAGAACAAUAUUCAUACUGAUCAGUAUAACAGGGAGGACUUCCCUAUUGACAAUGAAAUUGCGAAGUUUUUUGUUAUAAAAUCAUACAGUGAGGAUGACGUUCACAAAAGCAUUAAAUAUAAUGUAUGGUCAUCGACACCUCAUGGAAACAAGAAACUUCAGAGUGCUUAUGAAGAUGCUAGGAGAAAAGCUAUUGGAAAAUCUGGAAGCUGUCCUAUCUUUCUUUUCUUUUCAGUUAAUGCCAGUGGACAAUUUUGUGGAGUUGCUGAGAUGGUUGGUCCUGUUGACUUCGAUAAGGAUGUGGAUUUCUGGCAGCAAGAUAAAUGGAGUGGGAGCUUUCCUGUAAAGUGGCACAUCAUAAAAGAUGUGCCAAAUACCAAUUUUAGGCACAUUGUACUAGAGAACAAUGAGUUCAAGCCUGUAACUAAUAGCAGAGACACACAAGAGAUAAUGUAUAGGAAGGGUCUGGAAGUUCUGAAGAUAUUCAAAAAUUAUACUUUGAAGACAUCUCUGCUUGAUGACUUUAUGUACUAUGAAAACCGACAGAAGGUCAUGCAGGAGGAGAAAGCUAAAUUUCUAAGCAAGAGUUUUGGAAGUUCGUUAUCGAUACCAGCGUCUGAGCCACCUCAAAAGCUGACUUAUGCUUUUGAAAUUCCUCCCGUCAGUAAUGAGAAAAAUUCAAAGGCGGAUGAUCUUGAUAGCUUAAAACAUACUUCAAUUUCAAGUGUUGGAGCUACUGUUAAUAGUUCUGAUGCCACCAGCAAUGCAUCUGUGGAUGAAAAGGCUGAGACCGGUGAAGUUGAUAGCCAAGAUAUUUCUUCUGUCCUGAAGAUUGGUUCUGUCACUAUUACCCCCAAACAGGUACCAAUUGAUGUCGUCACAGUAGGCUCAAUGCAAGUUAAAGUUAAUGGAUUUUCCGAGUCUUCUGGUGUUUCAAAGGUUGGGAGUACCCCACUUGAUUCCAGAUCUCUACAGGCAGGCAAAGGAACCUCUGACAUCAAUACUGGACCUCAACCUUCAGUUUUGUCUGGGGAUGUCAAGGCAUAAUUCCGGUCUAAAUUGAAAGAUGGAUUAGUAUUUCCCUGAUUGUUUCACAAUUGGGAAGUUGGAUUUCUUUUUUAUAUUUGUUCGUAUCUUUCACUUGAUUGAUACAAAGACCAAACCGUUAGAUGAAUCUUUCUAGCGAGUUUGAUACAGAAAGCUUUAAAAGACUUCCUCUUUAUAUUUUCUCGGUCAGCAAACAGUUCACAUGGUUGUUUUCUUCCUUGCAGAUUUCAUCCAUUAUUUUGUCAUACUAUGAAACUUUUGCUCCCUUUGUUACAUGUCUCGUUCUGUCAUGCUUUGAGGUUUUCAUUCUGUUAUGUUAAGAUGGAACUUGUCAUGUGCUUUUUUAGUUGUUUGAUUUAAAAUAAAGAUAUGUAACAUUUUGAAUCAAUAAAAGUUUGCUUCAAGACUGAAA